UGUAAAUAAACACACCUACAACUUUUGUGCGUGUUACGUCACAUUUUGCUCAGUUUAGUAAACCGUCAGUGAAAACAGUUUUGCAAUAAGUGCCUAAAAGGGUGUUGUUUUGUUUAGCUUAGUGUGUGUGUAUGUCAGAUUAGCAGCGUCUUCUUUCUGUUUUUGUUCAUUUUAAACCUCUGCAGCAACUAAUAGCAGUUUGUCAGGGAAAUAUAAUGUAUACAUAGAUACUAGGUCUGUGUCUCAAAAGCUAGUAAGUUGCCUACCUAGGACGCAUUUUUGGACAUUAUAGGAAAUAAGUCCAGCCAAUGAGUGAUCAUGUCUGGGGUGAAAAGGAAAAUAGUGGACAAAGAUCCUGACUAUGAGGACAUCACUCAAGUGCAGGAGAACAAGAGGAGCAAAGUGGUGGAGCAGAAUGCCCGUGAUGCUGCAGUGCAGAAGAUUGAAGCCAUCAUUAAGGAUCAGUUUUCUCUUGAGAUGAAGAAUAAGGAGCAUGAAAUCGAAGUCAUCGGACAGAGGCUGAAUGAGGCCAGGAGAAUGAUGGACAAGCUCAGAGCGUGCAUUGUUGCAAACUACUAUGCCAAUGCUGGCCAGCCUAAAGUCCCUGAGGCCUCUAAUAAGAGUGACCCAUCUGUGUUCAACCACCCUGCCAUAAAGCGCUUCCUGGAUUCCCCCUCUCGCUCCUCAUCUCCACUGAACCAGAAUUCAGAGACGCCAUCACAGGUCCAGUCUGAGACUGAGUCCCUCAGCCAGCAUGGGGAGGCUGGGGAGAGAGAGACAGACAGCGGUAGAGAGGAUGGGGCUCCACGUGAGCGACGACCCGGCAGGAACACAGGAAAGGACACAUUUGGUGUGCCAUCAUCCUUAGAGCAGCAUGUGACUUACCACACUACAGGAGAGGAGGCUUCUCGACUCUACAUGAAGAAAACCAUUGUUGUGGGCAAUGUAUCCAAGUAUAUUGCUCCUGAUAAACGUGAGGAGAAUGAUCAGUCCACUCAUAAAUGGAUGGUGUAUGUUCGAGGUUCUCGUAAAGAGCCUAGUAUCGACCAUUUUGUGAAGAAGGUCUGGUUCUUCCUGCACCCUAGCUACAAGCCCAAUGAUCUUGUGGAAGUCAGUGAGCCACCGUUCCACUUGACACGCAGAGGGUGGGGAGAGUUUCCUGUCCGCGUGCAGAUUCACUUUAAAGAUCAACGGAACAAGCGUAUCGACAUCAUUCACCACUUAAAGCUUGACCGAACAUACACAGGUUUACAGACUUUGGGAGCUGAAACGGUGGUGGAUGUUGAGCUCCACAGAAACUCACUGGGCGAUGACUUUAUCCCCUUUGCCCCCUCAUCUUCAUCUUCAUCAUCUUCCUCUCAUCUGCCGUUUGCGGGCGGAUCCGUCUCCUCCUCCUCCACAGUUACCCAGGGCACUCGGCGGCACUCAUCUCCCUCGCAGCACCUUCAUGAUGAUCAACCCAGCUCAGAAAGAGUUCCAAGUGUCACGGUCAAGAGUGAGUCGAUGCGUUCUUCAUGUUCUGAACGAACUUCACAGUCAAAUAGGUCUGAGAAAAUCACCCUUGGUUCCCACGGAAACUCUGCCUUUCAGCCAAUCACGGCCAGCUGUAAGAUCAUUCCACAAGGGCAAGUUCCCAGUCCUGCUGAAUCACCCGGGAAAUCAUUCCAGCCGAUCACGAUGAGCUGCAAGAUUGUUUCUGGCUCUCCUAUCUCCACCCCUAGUCACUCUCCUCUUCCCCGGACAUCGUCCUCCACUCCAGUUCAUAUGAAGUCCAGUCCAUCAGUCAUAAAUAACCCCUAUAUUAUUGUGGACAAACCAGGACAAGUCAUUAAUAUGGCUGCAUCGGCAUCUGCAGCUACAGGCAGUCCGUCAGCCAAGCAGAGCAGCACAGCCCAUGGUGCUCGAUCACCUGCUCCUAAAGUUCACACCAGCAGCUUCCUGUCCUCUGGCGUCAAGGUUAUAAUCAAGCAAGAACCAGGAGAGGUGCCCACUCAGCCGUCACCACAGCAACAGGUCGUCUCUACAGCAACAUCCCAGCAGCAACAACAGUAUGUGACUGUGAAGGGCGGUCACAUGAUAGCCAUGACGCCGCAGAAACAGAGUGGGGCGGGGGCUGGAGGAGGGACUACACCCAGCAAGGUGUUGGGGAUUCCACUGGGCUCUGCCGUCAAACAGGUCUCCAUGAGCAGCGGGCAGAUCUUGGUUGCUAAGUCCAGCCCCUCUGUGUCCAAGGUGGUGGGCCAAAAGCAAGUGGUAGCACAGGGUGUCGCUAAGGCGAUCGUCAGUGGAGGAGGCAGCGGUGCAAGCAGCAUUGUGGGACAGCAGGUGCAUGCUGUUACCAAGGCAGCCACAGGGUCUGGAGGAAGUGGCAAGAGUGGAGUUAUGGCAACCCUCCAGCUGCCUGCAAAUAACUUGGCAAACCUGGCCAAUCUGCCUCCAGGCACCAAACUCUACCUGACCACCAACAGCAAGAACCCAACGGGCAAAGGCAAACUGCUACUGAUCCCCCAGGGAGCCAUUCUGAGAGCCUCACACAGCGCAGGCCAGCAGUCUCAGAGUUCUGGUUCUGGAGGGUCGCAUUCCUCCAGUGGUUCCUCAGGGUCUGGCAGCCUGCCUUCCAAUUUAUCUUACACUUCUUACGUCAUUAAACAUACUCCGCAGGGCACAUUUUUGGUAGGCCAGCCAGGGGGCUCUGGAAAACAGAGCUCUGGUGGUCAUGUGGCAUCGAGUCCUGCUUCCAGUACUCAGCAGGCCAUUCGGGUCACAGCAGGACAGAAGGCAGCCAUUUUGGCUCAGGUCUGUAACAAAGUGGUGGGUGGGUCUCAAGGUUCUCAGGUGAAGCUGUCAGAUGGCUCAGUGAAGAUGGUAACAGCUGCCGCAGCAAGUCACCUGAACAAACCAGGCACAACAACCCUGAGAAUGACGGGAGGUGUCAUCACUGCCACAAGCUCCACCCCAACAACUCCCAGUUCCACGCCAACCUCUCAACAGUCAGCAGAAGCCACUGGAACAUCCUCCACUCAGCCAUUACCUCAGACAGCUAAAGCACCACCGCAGCACCCUGUGCUUGUAGCUGCCAAUCAAGCUGCGGUGAUCAGUGCGGCCAAGAGUGCUAGCUCUGCCGCCAACACAGCAAAGAGUUCUGCCUCUGGCACUGGAGCCGUAGUCACAGUCGCCAAGACCGUCAACAUGCCUCUCAUCAGUCUGUCAAAGGGGGCAGGGUCGUCUGUAGUGGGCGGGUCCAAAAGCUCCAGCCCCUCAUUGGUCACUGCAGCAUCACUGAUUGGUGGAGGAACGCUCAGUGGGAAAACUGCUGCCACCAUCUCAGGUAUGUUGAAGUUGCACCCAGCUCAAUCCAGUUCCCAGCAGACGGUUCUCACCAUCCCAGCAAAUCAGCUGAAGCAGCUCAGUGUGGGCAGUGGGUCCUCGGCGCUGCAGACUAUCUUGAUGCCUGUUGGCAAAGUUGUGCCGUCUGGUGCUAAAGCAUCUAGCAGCAACACAACCACGAGUGGAACUGCUUCCUCAGCAUCCACACCUGUAGCUCAAGUUAAAACUGAACCUGGUUUGGUUGGCUCCACUUGUACAACUCCAGUACCCCAAACAUCUGCUCCAGCCUCUUCAGCACCCACCUCUGCUCCUCUGGCGACAACCCCUACAUCCACAGACACAGCUGCUAUUAAAGAAGAACAGGGCAUGGAAUCUACAACACAUGAACUCAUCAAUACGGAGCACAUCGAGAACAUGACGCAACUUCUGACGGCCAUAGUGAAGAAAUUUCCUCUGAUUAUCCCAGAGAAAAAUGAGGACUCUCAUCCAUUCUGCGCCACCUCUGUGGAUCAGUACUAUUCAUGGAACAUUGGCAAACGCAGAGCUGCAGAGUUGCAGCGAGCAGUGGCUGUGCGCCGUGUUUGCGCUGAUCUGUUAGAGAGAACACCUCGGCUUCAGGCCCUCACGCUACCCAGAACUAAAGAGGUGCUCCACUGGUGCCGUCUCCGUGGUUACACACCCCCUGACCCUGAACCCCAGCGCACAGAGGAGGACUCAAUUGAGGACAUACUCACACAAAUCGACAGUGAACCGGAGUGUAGCUCGACUCUGACGGGCUGUGAGGAGUUGUCUCAACGUCUGGAGCAACUUCAGAGGAUUCUGAAGGCAGAGCCUGAUGAGGAAGAUGAUGAGCCUCUUGACAUCAUCAGCGUGAAAGACAUAGAUGCUGCCAAGGUCAAAGUCAAACUGGAACAGGAAGAGGCCGAACAGGAACCCAAGUUUUUCUUGGGGCGCUGCCCAUCGACCCAGUUCAUCAGAGACACGGCGGAGCAGAUCGGUGUCACGCUGCAGCAGGUGGAGGUGGAGAAGAAUGUUUUUGCUCCUGUCGUGGAGACCAUGAUUCUUAAGGCUGUUGAGCAGUUUGCCAGUGAAGUCCUCAGGGAGUCUUUAGCCAAUGCCCAUGGGAAAUCCCAGCAAAACAGAACUCCGAGAGAGAUAUCGGCUAUGGACGUGCAUCAGGCCAUUAGCUCUAUUCCCACCUGUGAUUUUCUGACUAAUAGGUACAUGGGCAUCAUGGUAAAGGAUGAAAGCCACGCUGACUAACUUCUCCCCUUGGCAUCUGACCACAGGUGGACUAACACACACUUACAUUGUGUAAAGAUGGACAAUGUGCAAGGGCUGACCAAUCACAGGUGCAAAUAUCCUCUGACUUGCCCAUGUCUUAAUGGAGGUCAGCCAGUGUUAGGACAAGAGCUCUACUGAGCUCAAGGGAAAGUCACCAAACGGAUAGUAACAUAAUCUUGACAUGCAGCCCGAACAGUGUUUGUUUCGUAUGGCUACAUCACUCUAUUUAUUAGUUUUUCACGCUUUCUCCAUGAAUUCUGUGAUAUUUAUGAGCUAUGAUCCAGUAUAUUAAUGUAAGCAUCAGUACAAAAACUACAGUAGUGUUAUGAGCAGGUACAGUAGAUGCUUCACGCAGCAGAUUCAUUAAGACCCUCAAUCUCUGCAAAUAAAAUUCAUGAUCACAUGACCCUGCUCUGCCGUUGACACAGAACUGUUUAGCUUAUAUUAGUCUUAAAGGAAUAGUUCACCUGAAAAUUACUUUUCUGGAAUGAUUUACUGAUCCUCAUGCUGUUCCGAAUCGGUAACAACAUGGUGGCAAGUAAAUAAUGACAGAAUUUUCAGUUUUGGUUAUUUCUUUAACCAGAAAUACAGACAUUAAAUGAGCCAUUGAACAUUUAACUACUGUUUUUCUGUUCUUUAUCAAGCGGGAUUUAUUUGGAGAAGGUAAUUACUUUUUGUGCAGCUUAUGUGAAAUCAUCCCUGUUCAUUAUCCCUUUUUUGGGGGUCUUAAAUGAUCUUCUCAUGUGGUUUUAAGAACUUUGGGUGGAGUCCUUUUUGAGUCGCACAUCUUCACUAGUUUCACACUUAGGCAAAGAAUGUCUACGAAAAGUCUUAAUCAUGUUGUUUUCAUAUGAAUCAUUUUCAUACAACUAGGAAUUAUGAAGGAUUGAACUUCAGUGAUUGUGGAAGUUUUAUUUUUUUGUAUUUGUGUCAUUUUGAGGGCAUUGAGGAAAAUGUGCAGAUUAUCUGCUAAAAAAAAACUAUCUGUUGUGUCCUCUGGUUUGGUGGGGUGUUUUGUCAUACAACUAGCAUCAGUUUCUGUGUGUGUGUUUGCGUUUAAAACACAUCAAGCAAUGUUUUGGUGUGUUUAUGUAGAUGGGAACGAAUGUAUUUCUGUGUUUAUUCAGUGUUAAAGUCAGUCUUCACUUGUCUAAUCGAACUCCUGGAUGUUUUUCCUUCACAUUGUGUAUCAGAAAAUGACUAUUCUUGUAUUAAAAACUAAGAUGGA